ACUUCCGCGGGGCUUUUGAUCUUCUCCUCCUUUUCGACUUCUCAAUCAUUUAACACCAAUCAUCCACAAUGGCCACACCCGAUUUGAAAGAAAUCCAUGACUUCUUAGUCUCACUGGCCUUCAAGGCUGGCGAUAUUAUUACCAAUGCCAUCCUAGACAACAACAACAGCGAAACUGGCUCCAAAAAGAACAGUGCCGACUUGGUCACCGAGUAUGACCGCGCUGUCGAGAACAUGAUCUCGACUUCAUUGAAGGCCAAAUACCCCGAUUACGAAUUCCACGGCGAAGAAACCUACGACCCCACCCGCCCCCUAACAGAAGCCCCAACCUUCAUCGUCGACCCAAUCGACGGCACAAUCAACUUCGUCCACAGCUUCCCCUACGCCUGCGUAUCCCUCGGCUUCGCCAUCAACCGCAUCCCCACCGUCGGCAUCGUCUACAACCCCUCCACAAAAACCCUCUACUCAGCAAUCAAGGGCCAAGGCGCGUUCCGCAAUCAGGAGACCCGUCUACCCCUGAAAGGCGACCAUGUCGAGCCCCUGUCUGGUCUACCUAAUGCACUUGUGAGCAUCGAAUGGGGUUCUGACCGGAGCGGGCCGAAUUGGGAGACCAAGGUGCGCACGUUUGAGAAGCUGGGGCAGUCGAAGGAGGAUGGGGGUGCGAUGGUGCGCUCGUUCCGGAGUUUGGGGUCUGCGGCACUGAACUUAUGUUCUGUUGCGGAAGGGACGAUGGAUUUGUAUUGGGAGGGUGGGUGUUGGGAGUGGGAUGUGUGUGCUGCUUGGGUGAUUUUGACUGAGGCCGGAGGUAUUAUCGUGGAUGGUAACCCUGGAGGUUGGGAGGCUUCUGUGGAUGGGCGGAGAUAUCUGGCUAUUCGGGGUGCGCCGGAGGCUGGUCAGAAGGAGAUGGUGGAGGAGUUCUGGAGUUAUAUCCAGGGUAGAUUGGAGUAUUAG